UCGGUGCAGCAGUCGUGCGCUCCGGUCCACCUCUGCCGCGGCGGCUCCCUGGAGAGGGCGGGAGGCGCCGAGAAGAGGAAGGACGUCUACUUCGGAGCAUGAAGCAGUAUGUCUGAUAAAAUGUCCAGCUUCCUCUACAUAGGGGACAUUGUGUCCCUGUACGCGGAGGGCUCGGUCAACGGCUUCAUCAGCACCCUGGGGUUAGUGGAUGACAGGUGCGUGGUGCACCCGGAGGCAGGGGACCUCGCCAACCCUCCCAAGAAGUUCAGAGACUGCCUCUUCAAGGUGUGUCCCAUGAAUCGAUAUUCCGCCCAGAAACAAUAUUGGAAAGCUAAGCAAGCCAAACAAGGGAACCACACAGAGGCAGCCUUGCUGAAGAAAUUGCAGCAUGCCGCAGAACUGGAACAAAAACAAAAUGAAUCAGAAAAUAAGAAACUUCUGGGAGAAAUCGUGAAAUACAGUAAUGUUAUUCAACUACUGCAUAUAAAAAGCAACAAGUAUCUGACCGUCAACAAGAGGUUGCCCGCUUUGCUGGAGAAGAAUGCCAUGCGCGUGUCCUUGGAUGCCGCAGGAAAUGAAGGGUCUUGGUUUUACAUUCAUCCCUUCUGGAAGCUGAGAAGCGAGGGUGACAAUAUCGUCGUGGGAGACAAGGUCGUGCUGAUGCCGGUGAAUGCAGGGCAGCCGCUGCACGCGAGCAACAUAGAGCUGCUGGAUAACCCGGGGUGUAAGGAGGUGAAUGCUGUUAAUUGCAACACUAGCUGGAAAAUCACUUUGUUCAUGAAAUAUAGUUCCUAUCGAGAAGAUGUGCUGAAAGGAGGUGACGUGGUCAGAUUGUUUCACGCAGAGCAGGAGAAGUUUCUCACCUGUGAUGAGUAUGAGAAAAAGCAGCACAUCUUCCUUCGCACAACCUUGCGUCAGUCGGCCACUUCUGCGACCAGUUCUAAAGCACUCUGGGAAAUAGAGGUGGUUCAUCACGACCCAUGCCGCGGGGGUGCAGGACAGUGGAACAGCUUGUUCAGAUUUAAGCAUCUUGCAACUGGAAACUAUUUAGCGGCAGAGCUUAAUCCUGAUUAUCGGGAUCCCCCAAAUGAAGGAAAAAAUGUGAGAGAGGGAGAUCUUCCGACUUCAAAGAAGAAGCGCCAGGCAGGGGAGAAGAUCAUGUACACCUUGGUCUCUGUGCCCCAUGGGAACGACAUCGCGUCCCUUUUUGAACUGGAUGCCACCACUCUUCAGAGAGCUGACUGCUUGGUUCCACGGAACUCCUAUGUUCGGUUAAGACAUUUAUGUACCAACACAUGGGUAACCAGCACUAGUAUCCCUAUAGACACAGAUGAAGAGAGGCCAGUUAUGCUGAAGAUUGGAACCUGCCAAACGAAAGAAGAUAAAGAAGCAUUCGCCAUUGUGUCCGUCCCACUGUCUGAGGUGCGAGACUUAGAUUUUGCCAACGAUGCCAAUAAAGUGCUGGCAACCACAGUGAAAAAGCUGGAAAACGGCACAAUAACUCAGAAUGAAAGGAGGUUUGUAACCAAAUUAUUGGAAGACCUCAUCUUUUUUGUUGCUGACGUACUUAAUAAUGGACAAGAAGUUCUGGAUGUGGUUAUCACUAAGCCAAACCGAGAACGUCAAAAAUUAAUGAGGGAACAAAACAUAUUGGCACAGAUAUUUGGGAUUCUUAAAGCGCCCUUUAAGGAGAAAGCAGGAGAAGGCCCCAUGCUGAGACUUGAAGAUCUGGGGGACCAAAGAUAUGCCCCCUACAAAUACAUGCUGAGGCUGUGCUACCGCGUGCUGAGGCACUCGCAGCAGGACUACCGGAAAAAUCAGGAAUAUAUUGCUAAGAAUUUCUGUGUCAUGCAGUCCCAGAUUGGCUAUGAUAUUUUGGCAGAAGAUACCAUCACAGCUUUGUUACACAACAACAGAAAACUACUAGAGAAACAUAUCACAGCAAAAGAAAUAGAAACAUUUGUCAGUUUACUCAGGAGAAACCGUGAGCCAAGAUUCUUGGAUUACUUAUCAGAUCUGUGUGUGUCCAAUACCACCGCUAUACCUGUAACUCAAGAACUCAUCUGUAAAUUCAUGUUGAGCCCAGGCAAUGCAGACAUUCUCAUUCAAACGAAGCUAGUCUCAAUGCAAAUGGACAACCCCAUAGAGAGCGCCAUCCUUGCAGACGACAUUGAUGAUGAGGAGGUUUGGCUCUACUGGAUUGACAGCAACAAGGAGCCUCAUGGCAAAGCUAUCAGGCACCUUGCUCAAGAAGCCAAAGAAGGCACCAAAGCCGAUUUAGAAGUUCUGACCUAUUACAGGUACCAGCUCAACCUCUUUGCAAGGAUGUGCUUGGAUCGCCAGUAUCUGGCCAUCAACCAGAUUUCGACACAGCUGUCUGUGGAUUUGAUCCUGCGGUGCAUGUCGGACGAGAGCCUGCCGUUCGACCUCCGAGCGUCGUUUUGCCGCCUCAUGCUGCACAUGCAUGUGGACCGGGACCCCCAGGAGUCCGUGGUGCCUGUUCGCUACGCCAGGCUCUGGACGGAGAUCCCCACAAAGAUCACGAUUCACGAAUAUGAUUCUAUAACAGACUGUUCCAGAAAUGACAUGAAGAGGAAAUUUGCACUGACCAUGGAAUUCGUUGAGGAAUACUUGAAAGAAGUUGUAAAUCAGCCCUUUCCUUUUGGAGAUAAAGAAAAAAACAAACUGACCUUUGAGGUGGUCCACUUAGCUCGGAAUCUCAUAUACUUUGGAUUUUACAGUUUCAGUGAAUUAUUAAGGCUGACGAGAACGCUUCUGGCCAUCCUCGAUAUUGUCCAGGUCCCCAUGUCAUCCUAUUUUGAAAGAUUAAGCAAAUUUCAAGAUGGAGGAAACAAUGUCAUGAGAACCAUCCAUGGGGUGGGAGAGAUGAUGACCCAGAUGGUGCUCAGCAGAGGUUCCAUCUUCCCCAUGAACGUGCCCGAUGUUCAGCCGAGCAUCCACCCCAGCAAGCAAGGGAGCCCUGCCGAGCAUGAAGAUGUGACUGUGAUGGACACCAAACUGAAGAUUAUUGAGAUUUUACAGUUUAUCCUGAGCGUCAGACUGGAUUAUAGGAUCUCUUACAUGCUGUCGAUAUACAAGAAGGAAUUCGGGGAGAACAAUGAGAACGCUGAGACGUCUGCCAAUGGCUCUCCAGAUACAUUGAUGCCAUCAGCUAUUGUUCCUGAUAUAGAUGAAAUUGCGGCUCAGGCAGAAACUAUGUUUGCUGGAAGAAAGGAAAAGAAUCCAGUUCAACUUGACGAUGAAGGAGGCAGGACGUUUUUGCGGGUCCUCAUUCAUCUGAUCAUGCACGACUACCCUCCUUUGCUGUCCGGAGCUCUGCAGCUUCUGUUCAAGCACUUCAGCCAGAGGGCGGAAGUUCUGCAGGCGUUCAAGCAGGUGCAGUUGCUGGUGUCCAAUCAGGAUGUCGAUAACUACAAGCAGAUAAAGGCGGAUCUAGACCAGCUCCGCCUGACCGUAGAAAAGUCCGAGUUAUGGGUGGAGAAGAGCAGCAGCUAUGAGAAUGGAGAAAUGGGUGAAAAUCAAGUGAAAGGGGGUGAAGAGCCAAUUGAGGAAUCGAACAUCUUAAGUCCCGUGCAGGAUGGAACGAAGAUCCCUCAGAUCGACAGCAACAAGAGCAAUAACUACCGCAUCGUAAAGGAGAUUUUGAUUAGGCUAAGUAAACUCUGCAUACAGAAUAAGAAAAGCCGGAAUCAACAUCAGCGGUUACUGAAAAAUAUGGGCGCUCAUUCGGUGGUGUUGGACCUUCUGCAGAUACCCUAUGAAAAGAAUGAUGAAAAGAUGAAUGAAGUGAUGAAUCUGGCCCAUACAUUUCUGCAGAAUUUCUGUAGGGGCAAUCCACAGAAUCAAGCUCUCCUUCAUAAACAUCUGAAUUUGUUUUUAACUCCUGGUCUCCUGGAAGCAGAGACCAUGCGACACAUCUUCAUGAACAAUUACCAUCUGUGCAAUGAAAUCAGUGAGAGAGCAGUGCAGCAUUUUGUGCACUGCAUCGAGACUCACGGCCGCCACGUGGAGUACCUGCGGUUUUUGCAAACGAUUGUAAAAGCAGAUGGUAAAUAUGUGAAGAAAUGCCAGGAUAUGGUAAUGACAGAGUUGAUAAAUGGAGGUGAAGAUGUGCUGGUAUUUUACAACGACAGAGCCUCGUUCCCCAUCCUUCUCCAAAUGAUGUGUUCAGAGAGAGACCGAGGGGAUGAGAGUGGCCCCUUAGCCUACCACAUCACCCUGGUGGAGUUGCUGGCAGCCUGCACCGAGGGGAAAAACGUCUACACUGAGAUCAAGUGCAAUUCCCUCCUGCCCCUGGACGACAUAGUGAGGGUGGUGACGCAUGAUGACUGCAUCCCGGAGGUUAAAAUUGCUUAUGUGAAUUUUGUUAAUCACUGUUACGUCGACACUGAAGUGGAAAUGAAAGAAAUUUACACAAGUAACCACAUUUGGAAAUUAUUUGAGAACUUCUUGGUGGAUAUGGCAAGGGUGUGCAACACGACCACUGACAGGAAGCACGCAGACACCUUCCUGGAGAAGUGUGUGACUGAGUCCAUAAUGAGCAUAGUGAGCGGCUUCUUUAACUCUCCAUUUUCAGACAACAGCACCAGCCUCCAGACACAUCAGCCAGUUUUCAUUCAGCUGCUGCAGUCUGCCUUCAGAAUUUACAAUUGCACCUGGCCAAACCCGGCGCAGAAAGCCUCGGUGGAGUCCUGUAUCAGAACUUUGGCUGAAGUGGCAAAGAAUCGUGGAAUUGCUAUUCCAGUGGAUUUGGACAGCCAAGUUAAUACUCUUUUCAUGAAGAGCCAUUCAAAUAUGGUGCAGAGAGCGGCCAUGGGCUGGAGACUGUCAGCUCGCUCUGGGCCGCGCUUCAAGGAAGCUCUUGGAGGGCCUGCCUGGGAUUACAGAAAUAUUAUUGAGAAGUUACAGGAUGUGGUGGCCUCCUUGGAGCAACAGUUCAGCCCGAUGAUGCAGGCUGAGUUCUCAGUGUUGGUUGAUGUGUUGUACAGUCCGGAGCUCCUGUUCCCUGAGGGGAGUGAUGCAAGGAUCCGAUGCGGUGCUUUCAUGUCCAAGUUGAUUAAUCAUACAAAGAAACUAAUGGAGAAAGAAGAAAAACUGUGCAUUAAAAUUCUUCAGACUUUACGAGAAAUGCUAGAGAAGAAAGACAGCUUUGUGGAAGAGGGUAGCACAUUAAGAAAAAUACUCCUGCAUCGAUACUUUAAAGGUGAUUAUGGAGUGAGCAUCAAUGGCCACCUUUCCGGAACCUACUCCAAAUCUGCACAAGGGGGAGGAAGCUUUUCUGGACAAGAUUCAGAUAAGAUGGGGAUAUCAAUGUCAGAUAUUCAGUGUCUACUGGAUAAGGAAGGUGCUUCAGAACUUGUCAUUGAUGUUAUAGUGAACACCAAAAAUGACAGAAUUUUUUCAGAAGGCAUUUUACUUGGCAUUGCUUUGCUGGAAGGAGGAAACACACAAACUCAGUACUCUUUCUAUCAGCAGUUGCACGAACAAAAAAGAUCAGAAAAAUUCUUCAAAGUUCUAUAUGACCGAAUGAAGACUGCUCAGAAAGAGAUAAGAUCAACAGUGACAGUUAAUACCGUAGACCUAGGUAACAAAAAAAGGGAUGAUGACAAUGAGCUGAUGACAUCUGGUCCACGAAUGAGAGUAAGAGAUUCAUCAUUACAUUUAAAAGAGGGAAUGAAAGGGCAAUUAACGGAAGCUUCUUCAGCAACAUCCAAAGCAUACUGCGUAUACAGGAGAGAAAUGGAUCCAGAAAUAGACAUGAUGUGCACAGGAUCAGAAGUGGGAAGUGCUGAGGACAAGUCUGCGGAGGAAGUAACAAUGAGCCCGGCCAUCACCAUCAUGCAGCCGAUCCUGCGAUUUCUUCAGUUGCUGUGUGAGAAUCACAACCGGGAACUGCAGAACUUCCUGAGGAAUCAAAACAACAAAACAAACUACAACCUUGUCUGUGAGACCCUUCAGUUCUUGGACUGCAUUUGCGGAAGUACAACGGGCGGCCUGGGCCUGCUGGGUCUCUACAUCAAUGAGAAGAACGUCGAGCUGGUCAACCAGACUCUGGAAAGCUUGACUGAGUAUUGCCAGGGGCCGUGCCAUGAAAAUCAGACAUGUAUUGCUACUCAUGAAUCAAAUGGGAUUGAUAUCAUCAUCGCUUUGAUUCUAAAUGACAUAAACCCUCUUGGGAAAUACCGAAUGGACCUGGUGCUCCAGCUAAAGAACAACGCCUCCAAGCUUUUGCUGGCCAUUAUGGAAAGCAGACAUGACAGCGAGAAUGCCGAGAGAAUUCUUUUCAACAUGAGGCCCAGGGAACUGGUGGAUGUGAUGAAGAAUGCCUAUAACCAAGGAUUGGAAUGCGACCAUGGCAAUGAUGAGGGUGGAGAUGAUGGUGUUUCUCCAAAAGAUGUUGGACACAAUAUCUAUAUUCUGGCCCAUCAGUUGGCCCGUCACAACAAAUUACUACAGCAGAUGCUCAAACCAGGGUCAGAUCCAGAUGAUGGAGAUGAAGCCUUAAAGUAUUAUGCCAACCACACCGCACAGAUUGAGAUUGUUCGGCACGAUAGGACUAUGGAGCAAAUAGUUUUCCCUGUCCCCAACAUCUGCGAGUACCUCACGCGGGAGUCCAAGUGUCGCGUGUUCAACACAACUGAGAGGGAUGAGCAAGGAAGCAAAGUGAAUGACUUUUUCCAGCAAACGGAACACCUCUACAACGAGAUGAAGUGGCAGAAGAAAAUCCGGAGUAACCCUGCGCUGUUCUGGUUCUCCAGGCACAUCUCUCUCUGGGGGAGCAUAUCCUUCAACUUGGCCGUGUUCAUCAACUUGGCUGUCGCUCUCUUCUACCCCUUUGGGGAUGAUGGAGAUGAAGGUACACUCUCUCCAUUGUUCUCGGUUCUUCUUUGGAUUGCAGUCGCAAUCUGCACAUCAAUGCUGUUUUUCUUCUCCAAGCCUGUGGGUAUUCGGCCAUUUCUUGUGUCAGUGAUGCUCAGAUCAAUAUACACAAUAGGGCUUGGGCCUACGUUGAUACUUCUCGGUGCAGCUAAUCUUUGUAAUAAAAUCGUUUUUCUGGUGAGUUUUGUUGGGAAUCGUGGCACGUUCACCCGCGGGUACCGCGCGGUCAUCCUGGAUAUGGCCUUUCUCUACCACGUGGCAUAUGUCCUGGUUUGCAUGCUGGGCCUCUUUGUGCAUGAAUUCUUCUACAGCUUCCUGCUUUUUGAUUUGGUGUACAGAGAAGAGACACUGCUCAAUGUCAUAAAAAGUGUCACACGGAAUGGCCGCUCCAUUAUUCUAACUGCAGUCCUGGCUCUCAUCCUUGUCUACCUGUUUUCCAUUAUUGGGUUCCUUUUUCUGAAGGAUGACUUCACUAUGGAAGUGGACAGGCUGAAAAACAGAACUCCCAUUACAGGAAGUAACGACGUUCCUACUAUGACUUUAACUUCAAUGAUGGAAACAUGUAACAAGGAAAACUGCUCAUCCACGAUACCAGCUUCAAAUGCAGCCAAGGAAGAAUACGAAGAUGGAAUUGAACGGACAUGCGACACUCUCCUUAUGUGCAUUGUCACGGUCCUGAACCAGGGCCUCAGGAACGGCGGUGGCGUGGGGGACGUGCUGAGGAGGCCAUCGAAAGACGAGCCCUUGUUUGCUGCCCGAGUGGUAUAUGACCUUCUUUUUUAUUUCAUUGUUAUCAUUAUUGUUCUCAACCUGAUUUUUGGUGUCAUCAUUGAUACUUUUGCUGAUCUCAGAAGUGAAAAACAGAAAAAAGAAGAAAUUCUAAAGACAACCUGCUUCAUCUGUGGACUCGAAAGGGACAAGUUUGAUAAUAAAACUGUGUCAUUUGAGGAGCACAUCAAGUCAGAACACAACAUGUGGCAUUAUUUGUACUUCCUAGUCUUGGUGAAGGUUAAAGACCCAACCGAAUACACUGGACCUGAAAGUUACGUGGCUCAGAUGAUCGUGGAGAAGAAUUUGGACUGGUUUCCUCGGAUGCGAGCCAUGUCCCUUGUUAGCAACGAAGGUGACAGUGAGCAAAAUGAGAUUCGGAGCCUGCAGGAGAAGUUGGAGUCGACCAUGAGUCUGGUCAAACAGCUGUCAGGCCAGCUGGCAGAGCUCAAGGAGCAGAUGACAGAACAAAGGAAGAAUAAGCAGAGACUGGGCUUUCUCGGAUCAAACCCGCCCCACGUGAACCAUCACAUGCCACCACACUGAUACCAUGGGGGAAAGCCGUGACUAGCCUUUCAUCAGUGUCCUGCCUGAUCACUGAAUAAAGAACUGAGAUGGAAGAGAGUAAACAGUGCCUAUUGUUGAAAAGUAAAAACAACCAAGUGCCAAGAUGUUGACUGGUUUAGCUCUGAGAACAAUUUAUGACUGUGUUUUUAUGGUUGAGAAGACCAAACUUAAAAUGCAGCCUCUAGAGAGCAAACGUCACAUAUCCUUCACGCAGCGUGAAGUAACUUGCUCGCAUGGAUGAGAGGGUAGGGAGAGGCAGGGCUGGAGGGAUGCCGUGCAGAGAGAACUACCUUUUGCUGAGUCGGUAAGAGUCAGUUUUGCCUUCAGUGCUGACUGCACCCUUUGUCAUGGUUGGUUGGACUUGCUUUCUUUUAAUUAUUGCGCAUAGGUCAGUGACACAUGCAGUCACACUUGGGUGGCUAACUUUAACUGUAGAAAAUAACUGAAAAGAUUAAAAAUGAGAGUUGCAAAGAAAAAUGUUACUGCUCCCAAACUGUAGCUGUCACAGAGUGAUUCCCUACCGUGCACCACAAGGGAUUUACAGCCCCAGCAGCCAGUACUUUGGAGCUUCGGCCCUUCCAGCUGACGUCACAACCGGACCGUGACCACUUUCUCCCAGGUUCGGAUGGGCUCUGUCCGUGCAGAGCUCAAGAUUUUCAUAUAACUUGUAAGAGGAAUGCUAGAAAUCCUGUGUAGGCUGAGAUAUUCAAAGAUUUGGUGAAGAAACAGCUGACAGCCCCAGGGAAGACGUUUUUGAAAACAUAUUGUCCUAUUAAAAUAUAUUGAGAUUAAUAAAUGAAAAUGCUUAAUGAUGGUGGGAAAUUCUGAGAAACUUAUGAUGGCAGCAUUUUAUAAAUGUGGAGUAAAAGCUGUUUGAUUUA